AGCUUUCAUACCAAGCGCGUAUUCAUCACUCCUAGGGUUAAUCUGAUAAAACAAGAUUACACUGCGGUAAUAACAGAAUGGAAGAAGAAUACGGUGUAACGGAUUCUCCCAGAAAAGGACCCACACUUUCAACAUCCACCUCAAGCUUCGAACCGUUCGAUGCACACGAUCCGAAUCUGUCGCGUUUGGCAACUAAGAUGUUCCAAAAGACUGGCGACUAUAUCACGCACGAGCUGGCCUCUACAGUGGACGACUACAAGCUAAUCGAAAACAUGAACAGUGCGAUGAUGGGAAAGGUGGCCGAUAUGCGUGAUAUGUCGCAAGCGAUCGCAGCAAAGAACAGCGAACUGAACAGAAAAUAUGACGAGCUGAAACCCCUUCUGCAGCGGAUCGAUGACAUCGAAUCGACGGUCGACAAACUUGAAGCGGCAGCCUACCAGCUCGACUCGUACACCAUCCGGUUGGAGAAUAAAUUCAAGUCACUCAAAGCAAAGGCAUAGGCGCAAGCAUUU